AUGGAUGAUGCUAAACUUUGCCGUUGCUGUUUAUCUGAUGCCGCUAGUAAAGAUUUGAACACGAAUUAUAGUUGGUUGGAAGAAAACGAAAUAUAUUCAGACAUGCUAAAAGAGUGUUUCGAUAUUGUUUUAAGUCCUAAAUAUGAAUGCAACUCUAUAUGUGAUUUAUGUGUGAAAAGUCUGCGUGAUUCACUUCAUUUUAAGAAACAGGUGCUACAUUCAGAACAGGAGUUUUUAAAAAGAAUUGCAGAUGCCGAGAAUGAAAUUAAACCAGUGGAUGUGAAACUUGAACUCGAACCAGAGAGUGAUGGAAAUGAUUCUGAUGAUUAUUUCUUAGUUGAUGCAAUUCCAGUAAAACAAGAGUCUCCUCCUCCUAUGAAGAAGAAAACAGCAAAAGGAAGAAGUAAAUCAAACAAGCAGGCAGAAGAUAAUUAUGAAAUAAAAACUCUUGUAACAAAACUUUCAUCUAUUGAUUCGUGCAACAUGUCAGAUGUGAAGACGAAAAACCUAAAAAAUAUCAAAAUAAUGAAAAAUCGAAAGAUAACAAUACAAAAAGAUUUAAAAAUUAAUUUGACUUGGACAACUCGUAACGCACACGAUAAAAGGAAGCAUCGAGAAAAUCUUCUAACUAUCUUACAGUUUUCAAAUGCUAUACCAUUCAAAAAUAAAUCCCUUUUGGGAUUCAUUUGCGGUUAUUGUGAAGCAACCUAUCCCGAUCCCGUGGACUUGAGAUCCCAUACAGAAAAAAAUCACGAAAAAGAACGAUUAGACUUCAAAUCCUCAUUUGAUAUGACCGAAUAUAACGUCAAAUUGGAUGUCACAGACCUAUCCUGUAAAUUAUGUUUGGAAAAAAUGGAAAAUUUAAGUAAAUUAAAGGACCAUCUCGUUCAAAAACAUGAUAAAACUUUUUAUAAUGAUAUAAAAGAUCAUAUGAUGCAAUUCAAAUUGAAGAAAGGUGAAGUGUAUGACUGUGCUAUGUGUCCAUCUACGUACGAGACAUUCAAAAUGCUAAAACAACACAUGAACAAACACUACAGCAACUAUAGUUGUACCAAAUGUGAGACAUCAUUCGCAACAAAAAGGUCUUUGAAUGCUCACCAAGCAACUCAUCAAGAGGGAAACUUCAAAUGCGAUUUGUGCGAUAAGAUUUUCUCAACCCGUUCAAAAAAACAGUACCACGAGAAAACAAAACAUUUAGGUGCAAGAAGUAUAAGUAACUGUCCGUUCUGUGAUACACCGUUCCGGAGUUAUUAUCAAAGGAACCAACACUUAAUGAAAGUGCAUAAUUCUGAAGCCCAAUACAAGUGUAAUGUGUGUAAUAAAGGUUAUAUAUUAAAAUCUUUGCUAAUGUGCCAUAUAAAGAAGAAUCAUUUGAUGGAACGGAACUGUCAGUGUACCGAGUGUGGUUAUAGGUUUUUCAGUAAAAAAGCCUUAAAAGCUCAUAUGGUGAAACACAGUGGUGAAAAGAAAUAUGUGUGUGAAAUAUGUCAUAAAGCAUAUGCCAGGAAGUACACAUUAAGGGAGCAUUUGCGUAUACACAAUAAUGAUAGACGUUUCAAAUGUGAUGUAUGUGGGACAGCCUUUGUGCAAAAGUGUAGUUUGAAGAGUCAUUUACGAUCCCAUCAUGGUAUUAGUAUGACAUCUAGUGAUAUUUCUAUAUCA